UUUUUUUUUUUCCUGAUCAAGAACAAUAACCACUAUUCCACUCCCUCCCGUACACAUCCAUAAUCAAUCGUCAUGCGCAACAUUGUUGUUUUCAGUGGAAGUUCUCACCCCGCAUUGGUCGACCAGAUCUGUGCACGCCUCGGUAUUCAGCCAGGCAAGGUGAAACUGUCCAAGUUUGCCAAUAAGGAGACCAAUGUGGAGAUCGGUGAUAGUGUUCGCAACAAGGAUGUCUUUAUCAUUCAGUCUGGAUGCGGUGCCGUGAAUGACAAUCUCAUGGAGCUGCUCAUCAUGCUUGCUGCCUGCAAGACUGCCAGCGCUCGCCGUAUAACUGCAGUGAUUCCUUGCUUCCCCUAUGCUCGCCAACCUGAUGCACCCUACAAGAAGAAUGGCAUGCCCCUUUCCCGUGUGCCUCCGAAUGUGUUUUUUGGUUACACCGGUUCCAAUACCCCUUUCUCCUUGCCCGUCACUCCUGCCGGCACUCCUCUGCAGACCCCUAGCAUUGACCGCAAGAACCCUUUCGAUAAGAUGUUUGACUCUACUAAUGAAUCCAAUUCUGAUAUUGAGUCCGCUGCAACUUCUCCCACGCUUUCGCCUUCAACUACUGGAGGCAAUGGAAAUGCAGUACCGACUUUGAGACCAGAGACCGGUGGUAGUACAGAUUCUGUCAAGAAAGGAAUCAUUCCAGCUCGUGGCAACCGUCACCAUACGAUCCCACAGCCUUCACAUCUCCACAUCCCUGGUAUCAAUGGUGCUGGAUCUUCUACAUCCCAUUCGCAAACAUGUGUAACAAGUGACCAGGUCAAUCCACAGAAGGCUGGAUACAAACAUUGGGUUGCCCGCUCUGGAACCUUGAUAGCCAACUUGCUCGUGACUGCUGGUGCUGAUCAUAUUAUUACGAUGGAUCUGCACGACCCCCAGUUCCAAGGUUUCUUCGAUAUUCCUGUUGACAAUCUCUAUGGACAGCCUUUGAUGGUCAAAUAUAUCCGUGAGCGCAUCCCAGACUGGCAAGAUGCUGUUGUGGUUUCACCCGACGCAGGUGGAGCUAAGCGCGCAACGGUGAUUGCAGACAAGCUUGGUAUGGAGUUUGCAUUGAUUCACAAGGAACGUCGUCAAAUACAGGCCCCUCAUAAGCCAGAUAUGAUGCUUGUGGGAGAUGUAAAGGGCAAAACAUGCAUCUUGGUGGAUGACAUUGCGGAUACAUCGUUUACAAUCACCAAAGCCGCCAAAGUAUUGCAACAGAACGGAGCUCAAAAGAUUUACGCCAUUAUUACCCAUGCGAUUAUGUCGGGCGAUGCCAUUAUGAGGAUUCAGAGCUCAUGCAUUGAUCAAGUGAUUGUUAGCAACAGUAUUCCUCAAGAAGAUCAUCUGCAGAGAUGUCCCAAGAUGAAGGUCUUCAAUGUUGCGCCUAUCUUUGCUGAGGCCAUUCGUAGGAUACAUAACGGCGAGAGUGUCAGCAUGCUGUUUGAUGUUAUGGAUCUGAUUUAAUCAUUCAAACACAC